AUCCAACAUGUUAGUAUCAUAUUAGCGCCAAUGGGCAAAGAUGUUUGUUUGCUAGCUUGGCUCAGACACACAUGCAAGCGCGCUUGCGUUUAACUCCUAGGUCGCACUAGAGAUGUUACAAUAUAAAGGUUGUUUGUCCAGACUUGUCAUUCAACAUUAAACAGACCUUCCUUGCGGCCAACAGCAACAUUGACAGCCGCGAUUGCUCGCGCCGGGCGGCGAACCAAGCUCCUUUCGUCUGCCAACCAGAUCAUCGCACACAUACCUUCACGCGGGUAGGGAACUGAGACAAGGCAUUAACUGACAUGGAUGCCGACAACACCACACCGGCAAAUGCCGACAUGGCGCCCGUCAGCAGUACGGCAGCGUCUGCUCCUGCGACCUUUGCGCAGCUACCUACGCAUGUACUGGAGGAUGUGCUUUCACGCCUGGACUGCCGCUCCCUGGCGCAAUGCAGCUGCGUAUGCCGCAGCUGGCAGCAGCUGGUAGCGUGUCCCGGUCCCGCUUCAGAGGCCCUUUGGAGGCAACAGAUCGCACGGGAGUUCGGACUUACUUCAAAUGCGGCGGCAGCAGCCGCCGCUAGCACCACCGCCACCACAGCAGCAGCAGCAGCAGCAUCGGUUGCAACGGCAACAGCAGCAAGGGCAGCAGCGUCAGGAGCAGCGGUGGAGCCGCCAGGAGAGCCAGCCAGGGAUGCUGCAGCUGUCACGUCCUCCGCUUGGUCGCCGCUGCUGCUGCCGGCAGUUGGGACCGGUGCGGGUGUCAGCAGGGCGGUGGAUGCGGGUUCGUCCCUGUCCUCCGAGGGGAGCGUGGAAGUGCAGGAGGCGGCUGAGGUUGUACGGCCAUCGUUGUACGACACAUUUCGGCGCUUGGUGCUCUGCCCCCCCGUCAGCCACCUCGCCUACCUCCGUCGCCUGCACUGCACCCUGGCCGGCGUCCGCAGCUGGACCGUGCAAGUCACACUUCUUGCGCCGCCGCCGCCGCCACCACCACCACCACCACCGUCAGCGGGUUCACCACAACCGCAGCAGCAACCGCAGCAGCAACCGCAGCAGCAGCAGCAACAACAGCAGCAGCCCCAGCAGCCCCGCCCCAUGCUGCUGCGGGGCUCCCGGCGGCGCUGCGGUGCGGUGGUGACCAACCCGCAGAGCGUGUGGCUGCGCUUCCGUCUGCCUGGGUGGGUGCGGCGGGCGGCAGCUGAGCAGCCGGCAUGGGAGCCAGGAGCCACAUGCAGCGGCAGCGGCGGCCCGAGUCCCGCUCAGGCCGGGACACCUUACCUGGAGUUGACGAUCAACGCGGAGGGCGCUGGGGGCCGCUGCUGGGCCGCCCUGCACAGCAGCCCCUUCCGACUGCCGGCGACGGACCGACUGCGGCUGCUGCAGAGCCACGUGGAAGGUCUGUACAUUUGGGACGAUGAAGACGAGGAAGAAGAGGAGGAUGAGGAGGCAACAACGACGGAUGAAGGUGAAGAAGGAGGAGAAGACGGUCACGAGGAGGAGACCGAGCAGGAUCCUGGCAGAUCGGAAAGCGGCGGGGAGCAUGCUGCUGCUGCUGCUGCUGCUGCCCACCGCCCCCGCACCCGCCCCCCCGGCCCCCAUGUGGCCGCCUACCUGCACUACGAACAGCUGCUGCCGGUGUGUCCGCCGGGCUGGGGACUGCCCCCCUCCUCCUCCUGCUGCCAGGAGGGCCUUAUCCUGCACUACCAGCCGCCCCACGCGGCUCACCCGGGCUACACACACUAUGAGGCACGCAGGCAGCGCAGCCACAGCCACAGCAGCCAUCAUCCGUUGCAUAACCACUACCCAACCCUACCAAACCAGCAGCAGCAGCAACAAGAACAACAACACCAGCAGCAGCAGCAGCAGCAGCAGGGCGUGGGCGUGCGCAGGGAUCACAGCUUGACCCAUGGGUCGGUUGACCCGCCUACCAACACCACCACGAUCGCUGCUGCCCCCAAAGUUAUUACGACGACGACAGCGAACAUGGUAGGCCUUACUGCUUGUACGGCAGAAAGUAUCAGGUUUGCCCCGCAGCCUGUGCUACAGCCAGUCGCGUACCUCUACAUUGAUUGGAGCAAGUUACCAGGCGCGGCAGCGGCGGUGGAUAGCAAGGGCGUCAAUGACGACGGCUGGGUCGCGGGUUGCAUCGUACGGCUGUGGAACGCCUCUCCGCCGCCGCCAGGUCGCGAGGACCCUUCGUCGUCAUCAUCAGCGGCGGCGGCGGCGGCGGCUCAACAACACCGCAUGGCGAUGUUGUCGGCCGACAGCCGCCGAGGCGAUGUCGUACUGCUGCUGCCUCCUCCGCCGGCGCCGCCUCGCCUUGGCACAACACUUGCGGCGACGCGAAUGAUGGGAGCGGGAGGAGUGGGAGUGGCAGCGGCAGAGGGUGCCCCUGUGCGCGAUCCUCGACUCCGGCAGCCGACGUUGGCGGCAGCACCUGUGGGUCCCCUGCAGGCCGCCGCAGCGGUGGUGGCGGCGGCGACAACAACAGCAGCAGCAGCGGCAUGCAGCGGCGUGGAAGAGCGUUUUGCGGCGGCUUGGUUGCGAGCGUUCGGUGGUGGGGUGGCGGAGGUGGAGGGAUUCGCGGCGGGAGAAGCCUUGGACGGGCAGAUGGGUGCUGCUGGCAGUGCUGCUGGUGGCGGUGGCGGUGACGGAGGUGAUAGCGGCUCGGGGGCUUCCGGGGCGCUGCAGGGAGCAGCUGCUGCGCUGCGAGUCAAGGAGCUGUGCGGCGGCUCAGAGGCGCUGAUGGCUGAUCUGGCACUGCUGGAUGAACGGGGGCGUGUGCGUUUGGGCAGGUGCGGGGUGGAGAUGUGGAACGGCACCGAUGACAACUCCGCCGCCCUGCACUUCCUGCUGGAUCAGUUACCGCCGCUGCGGCAGUCGUUGUGGGACAACCGACUGCUGGUCAGCUGGG